AUGGCUUCCUGCGGUGAGGAGUCAGGCACCGGGUUCUUGACUUCGAUGUUCGGACAUGGUGCUGCCGAGACCGGACAAUCUCACGAAGAGGUACUUGACGUCUCCGCUGGGGAGCCCACGGCGGUCGACGCCGGCGUCCUUGAUCCCAGCGAUGAGGAGGCCCUUCAGUUCUACGACGCAGAGGAGCUGAAGCUUCGAGUUGGAAAUCUGCAGGUGGUGUCAGAUGGCAUUCAGGCGCUCAGCAUGCGAUGCAACGACAUGCCGAAGGUCUGCCAGGAUUUGCAGGUCGUGGAGAAGGACGUGCGCCAGGCUGCCAAGCACAUGCGCAGCUUCGCAGACGAGGAGUCGCAAAGGCCGUAUGGAGACCUUCUGAAGAUGAUCGACGCGUCGGAUCGAAAGCGAUUGGAACUGGUCCGCACUGCCCUGAAGGGGGGACACCUCUGCGGUGAUUUGCUCCAAGCUGUCGCAGACCUCGAGAAGAGAAGCGAUAGGAUCUUUGAUACUCAAGGAAAAGGGUCUCAAGGCAGCAACGUCAAGUUCGACAGCAAGUUCAUCGAGCCUGAAAUCCAGAGGUUGGAAGAUGUGUCCAAGGACCUUCGUAAGAUCCGGGAUGCGCUGUGCGAGAAGCCCGAGGAGACACACAGCAGCCAGCUCCUGGCUGCCAUACAGGAGGUGAAGAACCAAAUUUGGACCUCCGAUGCCUUCGACAAGUCGAAGGCCGUGCUGCAGAAGUGUGGCGGCUGGCAAACUCAACGCAAGCAGCUGCAGCUGCAACGUGGCCAGGAGCAGGGACUUCUCUGGGUUGCUGAAGCCGAGCGAGAUUGCUUCCGAGAGAGGCUGCAGCAAGCUACUGAGACCUGCCAGAGCAUCGCCAGCACCCUUGCCACCAAGAGAGCAGAGCAUGCAGAGCUACAGAAGUGCGAGAGCAUUUCCAAAAGGGAGCUGCUGGCACACUACCAGGACAGACAAGGAGCCGUCGAGAGUGAGCUGCAGCAGCUGAAGAAAAGGAAGGAAGAGGAGGAAGCGCGAAGCAAGGGGCCCAUAGAGGAAUGCCAGAAGAAGACGAUACAGCUACGAAGGGACUUGCUCAGCUUGGACGCUCUGAACAUCAACCACAUCAUCAUUGCAGUGGAUGCCAGCUACAGCAUGAAAGGGCGUCGGUGGAAGCAUUUGGUGAGGGCAGUUGAAAGAUUCCAGAAAGCUUGCAUCGCGCAAGGAUCCCAGGACAAGGUGACCCUGAUCCACUUCAAUUCCACGGCUUCUCUCAUGAGAAAGGUAAGCCCGAUCACCACCGAUCUUGCCGACGUGUUGUGGAAGCACAACCCCAGCGGCGGCACGGCUUUCGAGCCUGCUUGGCAAAAGAUCCGCGAGAGCAGCCAGAUGGAACCCAGCUUUGCUCGCCUUUUCGUCGUGUUCCUCACAGAUGGCUUCGCAAACGACAUCGAGAAGGCUGCCAAGGUGGCAGAGCAAGUCUUCGACGAUGCAAGCCGGGCGGGACGGUCCAUGUGUACCUUCGUUGUUCAUGUGGAUGAUGACUGCUCCUCGGCCAGGUGUGGGAGUGUUUCCGAGCUCAGCGUGGAUCUGCUCUCACCUCUGGUCAAGGCUGGGAAUGGCGGUCGACCCUGCUUACAAGCUUGUGGGAUGGAGUACCUGCUUCUCCAGGCUGUUCAGACGGAUGGCCUUGUGGAGAACUUUGAGAGGCUGGCCAGCUUUGUGAACCUGGAGAAGUGCAUUCUUGAAGCCCGGCUUGGCUUCACCACGGCGCAAGAGAGGGAACUCAAAGAUAAGACCUUGAAGGAGCUACAUGAGCUGGAGGAGGCCCAUAAGAAGCAGGUCAACAGCCUGAGGCAGUACUCCAGGCAGGUGGAGAGCACCAUGAAGACCGACCGUGGAACCAUUGGGAAUUUGUUUAAGCAAAUGUUGAAGGACAUGCAGACCGAGAUCGACAGCCUUGAGAGUCGGCACAGGCAAGCUCAAGACAAGGUCUGUGAGCUCACAAAGACGGUACGAACACUUGAAGCCCAGCAUCUGCACUUGCAGAAGAGCUUUGAGAGUUCCCAGGAAGAGCAUGACAAGGAGAUUGCCUCCUUGAAGGACAUGAGCAUGACUCAGCUCAAGGAGCUUGAGAUGCUUUGCCAGGAGCAAAGCUACCUCGUGCGGCGGUUCGGGACCACGGAUGUCUCGGCCAUUUCCAAGCAGCUCCACGAUUUGGACAGGCUUGAAGCGCACGUGGCGCGCGGGACCUUGCUGGAAGAGGACGUGUCCUGCAUGGUGCACAGCAUCGUCUUCUUUACCAACAGCCUCCAGCAGCAAAUCAAGGAGCCGCUGCCUGGAGGCACGGCCAAGAUCUCCAAGGCCAAGGUGGUUCUGAAGAAGCUCUUGGAGGAGCGAGAGAGGAAGCACACGGGACGGACGGAGGAAGACUGGCCAGCAUUCCUGGCCUACGAAGCAGAGAUGCAGAAGUUCAGUAUCGAUGAAGUUUGUGAGCCUGUCCGCCAAGCUGGAAUCACCGCUGAGCGCGUCUGCGAGGUCGUAGACCUCACAGAACAAAAGGACAUCAGCAAGAUGAAGGACAAGUUGAUUGAAAGCGUUCUUGUGAAGGCCUGCAAGGUGAAGGAGUGCGACACCGAGGAGAUGGAGGAGGUAAAGGAUGACGCAGCUAGGAGGCUGGAGCGCGCGAAAGAUGAGCUGAGCAAGAAGAAGGACGACCUCAAAGACUGCAGGCGGGAGCUCAACGAACUCCGAAGGGAGUCCAGGCAGUCAGAGGAAGGCAAAAAGGAGUUUGAGGAGAAGGAGAAGCAUUUCUUCCAGCUGCAGGAGUCGGUGAACAUCCUCGCAGAGUCCGUGAAGACCUUAGAGGCAGAGAACAAGGACCUUGCCGCCGAAGAGAAGCGUAUGCUGAAAGACCAGCAGGCACUUCGCAAGAAGCUGGAGCCUUGUUUUCGCAUCGUGUGCUUGGCUGUGGACAUCUGCCGCGAAGCCUUCUUGGAGGAGGUUGCCGAGGAGGAGAAGGCUGCUUUGCGGUCUACCUUCGAAUCGUUCAGAACCAAUGUGUACCAGCCCAUGCAGAAUUUCAUUAGCAUGACUCGCCAAGUCAAAGGCAUCUUUGCCGAAACGCCCACUAUUCAGCAGCUGGCGACGCCGAGCCGAUCUACCGGACAUCGGGGCAUGAUGACAAUUCAAGAUGCAGAGUGA